AUUUCCCCAAUUUGCAAAAUCUCUCCCAAAUCGGAAUUGGAAAAAAAGAAAUAGAAGAAUAAAGGAAUGGGAUACGUACUGAGGGUUAGGUUGGCGUCGUUCUUCGCCGGAGCCGCGGUGGCAUCAGUCGGCGGUUUCUAUUUUAUUCACAAGGAUUACAAAAUCGCUCAUCAAUCAAUCUCUCAACAGAUGAACGACCUCUAUAAAUCUCUGGAUGGACGAAUCUCUUCAUUGGAAAAUUUAAAAGAAGUUGAGGCAAUUAAGCCAGAUGAAGUUGUAGAAUGAAGAAUUCCCAAAAUCUUUGGUAGUUCAAAGCACAUUAUCUUUGACUUAAAUGUUACUGAAUGUUGUAUGUCAUGCUACAUUUUAGUUACCUUUCUUUGUUUGCGGGUUUAAUGAUGGUGAUGUUCACAAGCCAUUUUUGUUUUUACUUAAUAACAGAAGCAUAUUGAGAACUGCAUGUUAGUGGAAGCUGUCCAAUGAAUUGGAAGGUAUCCUAAUGCUUAUUUUGCCACUAUCAAUCUGAUCAAAGAUUUGGUUUGACUUGAUAA